CGCGUAGUCUCGGGCUCAAUGGGCGGUGGCAGAGCAGUGUACGCCGCUUCUGCUCGCCUAGGACUCUCUGCCGCGCUGGGAGCUGAAACUAGUGGUUGCGCCAGCACGGUAGCGGAGGAGGGGGGAGGACAAGGGCGGCCGGAGGCAGAUCGGGCGUCCCUCUCCCAAGCUGAACGGCUUUGGCUCGUGGGGGUCAUGGCAUCGCUGGCAGACCGAGUGCGGGGCAAUGGGCGCAUCGCCGCCGGGCUGCUAGUCAACCUGCUGGUGUCCAUCUGCAUCGUGUUCCUUAACAAAUGGAUCUAUGUGCACCAUGGCUUCCCCAACAUGAGCCUGACCCUGGUGCACUUUGUGGUCACCUGGCUGGGCUUGUUCCUCUGCCAGAAGCUGAACAUCUUUGCCCCCAAAAGUCUGCCGCCUUCCAAGCUCCUCCUCCUGGCUCUCAGCUUCUGUGGCUUCGUGGUGUUCACCAACCUUUCCCUGCAGAACAACACCAUAGGCACCUAUCAGCUGGCCAAGGCCAUGACCACGCCGGUGAUCAUAGUUAUCCAGACCUUCUACUACAAGAAAACCAUUUCUGUCAAAAUACAGCUCACCCUGAUUCCUAUAACUUUAGGUGUAAUCCUAAAUUCUUAUUACGAUGUGAAGUUUAAUUUCCUUGGAAUGGUGUUUGCUGCUCUUGGUGUUUUAGUUACAUCCCUUUAUCAAGUGUGGGUAGGAGCCAAACAGCAUGAAUUGCAAGUGAACUCGAUGCAGCUGCUGUACUACCAGGCUCCGAUGUCGUCUGCCAUGCUGCUGGUCACCGUGCCCUUCUUUGAGCCCCUGUUUGAAGAGGGAGGACUGUUUGGCCCCUGGUCAGUUACUGCUCUGUUCAUGGUGCUGCUGUCUGGAGUCACAGCGUUCAUGGUGAACUUGUCAAUCUACUGGAUCAUUGGGAACACUUCACCAGUCACCUACAACAUGUUUGGACACUUCAAGUUCUGCAUUACUCUGCUCGGCGGCUAUGUUUUAUUUAAGGAUCCACUGUCAGUUAACCAGGGCCUCGGCAUGUUGUGUACAUUGUUCGGCAUUCUCGCCUAUACCCAUUUUAAACUCAGCGAACAGGAAGGAAGUAAGAGUAAACUGGUACAACGACCUUAAUUGGGCUUUUUGUGGAGAAAAGAAAGUUACCCCAAGAAGAUUACGAAAUGUGAAAUGUGCGAAUGGCUUUCAAAGACGGGGAAAAAAAUUACAUUGCAACAUUCAUUGAAUGAUGGUUUAUAAGAAGUGACACAAAGGAAAUUUUAUUUAUAAAUAAUGACUUUUUAAUUUAGUGUACUUUUUUUCAGAAACUUAAUUCAUGCUGCUUUUCAAAGAUGAUGAUGGUAUGAAUUAUAUAGGAUGGUUUAUACCAAAUGAAGUACAUGAAAUUAAAGUUCCCUAGUAGUGACAAAGGACUUCCUGUCACUGAACUACAAAUGUGUCAAGGUUUUAAGUGUUCAGACUAUUCCAAAAAAGGAUGCAGAAGACUCCUCUACCUCCUGGUAGGUGGUCCCCAGGGUGAACUCUAUCAUAAUUUCAGCCAGUGUUCAAAUCAGAAUUUAAAUCUAGCAUUUCCAUCUUAGUUGGUUUAGUAAAACUUCCUGCUUAUUUCAUUUAUAGAAAGUGAAAUAUAAUUUAUAGAAAACAUAGUACAAAAGACCAUAAAACAAAAUCCAAUUCCAAAAGUAACAUUCUCCUAAUAGAAAAUUGACGUCAGAGAUUAUGCAGCCCUGACUGGUGUGGUUCAGUGGGCUGGGUGACUGGGACAUCCCACAAACUGAAAGGUUGCAGGUUUGAUUCCCAUUCAGGGCACAUGCCAGUUGGGGGCGUGCGAGAGGCACGAUCAGUGUUUCUCUCCCUUUUUCCCUCCUUUCCCCUCUCUCCAAAAAUAAAGAAAAAAAAUCUUCUAAAUGUUUCUUUAAAAAAGAAGUUAUAUGUUAUCCAAAAAAACCUAGGUUUUUAAGUUAUAUGUUAUCCAAAAAAACCUAGGUUUUUAAGGGGGCCUUCAGUGAAUUCUAGAAACUACAUUUAGUUAAAAAACAAAGUAACUCCCCAUUCAAAUGGCCCAAAGGAAAGACUAUAGAUGAAAUAAGGUUUCUUAUUAUCUUGGUAACUGUUCUCCUGGCCUCUUUGAGCCCAUGCUGGUAAUUUCUAACCCCCCCCCCACUCUGCUCUUACUCCCACCGCCCACUGCUGCCCCAGUUGAGGCGUCCGUGGAGCUUUCUCUGGCACCGAGGACUCGGAGGGAACUGUGUCUGGCUGCCCAGGGGGCUGAGGAAAAUUCUUACACAAUAAGUCAGGGCAAAUGCUCUCCAAACACUGAGCAGAAACUUGGUGAAAAUGUUAGGAAAGAUUUGAAAGAGGAGUAGAAAAAUGGCUAAUAAUUAACUACUUCUAUAAAUUUUUUAAGGAAUUUUUUAAAAUUAGGGUAUAGGGGAAAUACAUGAGUCCCACCUAAAGAAAUAAAUAGUACCACAUAUUUAAUUGCAAAAUUUAUUUCUGUCUUCCAGCUUCUUGACAUUAGAGCUUCAAAAGCAGUUGUUGAUAACCUCUCAUAAUAUUAGAUGAACCCUCUUGUAAUAAAUAAUUCUUUUUCUAAAUAUUAUUUUUAAACUUUAAAUGAGAAAACAACUCUUAAGAGGAUGAAGAGCCAUGUGUAUUUUGUAGGAUUUUUUUUCCUGACCCAUUUGAAAGGAAAGCCUCAAAGAAAAUCUAUUUUGACAGUAUUUUGUAUCAGUCAUUCUGUUGUAUGAUUAGUAUGUGUGGUUUUCUAUUUGGGUUUUAAAUAUUCUUUGUUUCUUCUCAGUUUCUGAAAAUAUAUUUUGUGCUAAGAAUAAGAAGUAUAAGAUGAUUUGUCUUACAGAUGGGCCUCAGGCAUUGUUUGUGUACCACAUUCUCUGUGUGUAUGUGUCUAAAUGAACAUGUGAUUAUUUUCCAAACGCUGGAGAAAAGUAUUGCGACGCAGUGAGAAUUAUGUGACUUCUGUGCACCAACAGCUGAGGUCAUUCGUGCCAUGUACAGAUGCUCAUUAACUGUAAAUACCACUUGGGGGGCGGGUUCGAAUAAAUGACUAUGUCAAUAGGAACGCAGUGAGAAAGUUGGAGGAAGAUAGGGUGGGAUAUGGAUGUAUAUAUACAUAUACAUUCAUAUCUAUUAAUGAAAGAAAUAUGUACUGCUGGAACUGGAGGCUGAUAAACAUAUUUGGCCCUGAAGACAGCUUCCCAGGGAAAAGGAAGUUCCUGGAGGAAAAUGUGCCAGGUGACCAGGACCUGCCAUAGUGACAGCAUGGUGCCGGGGAGGAACUGCACUUGCUGUGGGUGUCGCCACCCUCGUUUUUCACCCUGUGUUAAAUGACUGAGCUUCUGUUUCCACCUGGUACAAAUAAAGAGACCCUGAUGUUUUUACUUCUGUGCUGUGUUGGGACCAGUGGAAGAACAAUAGCAUCUCUGUGGUCGCGCAGCGGGAACGCUGGCCUGUCCAGCUCCUAAAUAUGUGGAAUCCAGUGAAACAAAAUCCUCGUUUUCUUUUUAAAAUAUCAGAAAAAAGAAAUCUCUCCCUGAAAUGAACCAAGCUUUCUUCUGUUUCAUUUUCUAAAAUACUCUCCUAACGUGGCUGUAUUUAAGUCAUUAGUCACCUUUGUGGAAAAUGUAAGAGCAGCAGCGUUAAUCCAGUGCGUCACAUGGACCCCAGUGGUCAGUAGUGGGGGGAACGAGUGUGUAGGAUGGCCACACUCGAAAGUCUGAUGCAGAGCGUGGAGGUCAGGUGUGUUGGACACAGCCUGUUCCGCAUCUCUGUUUCCAGACUUGAACUGGAUUAUGCUUGCUAACAUUAGAAAUACAAUAAUUUCACUCAGCAGCAGAGGCUUAUUUAAUGUGUGUUAUAUGUCAGGUGCUGUGCUAGGCACAGUGCAAAGACAGUCCUGUGUUUCCAAGAGACAUCUGUCUAGCAGAAAAGAUAGACGUUAAUGAAAUAAAAGCAAAGUAAGUUUAUUAUGCUAAAAGGGACAUGGUUGCCUGGGAACCAAAGGGUCACCAGUUCCAUUCUCAGGGCACGUGCUUGGGUUGCGGGCCAGGUACGGGUGUGCAAGAGGCAAGCCCAUUGAUGUUUCUCUCCCUCUUUUUCUCCUUCCCCUCUCUAUAAAAAUAAAUAAAAUAAAAGGAA